CACCGACUGAUAAUGUCAAACAGAAAACUGCUGCUCCUCUUGCAUCGAGGGGUGUACUUAUUUAAAUGGAACCCUCCAGCAUUCCCUAAACAGCUGGGACGUCCAGGGUCAUUUAAUCCGUUGGUUUGGUUUUAUUUUCUCCUGAGUGGCUCGGACACACACAUGGGGACUCAAUAUGCUGAGAGCAGAUUGAGAACCCUCCCAACUGAGCGCGCUCCGUCUGAGUGAUAAGGAGGGGAUGAACCCUGCUGCAGGCUGAAGGGUGGGAGCGCUCAUCUCACUUUGUUUGGUUCUGCAGGGAGGCUUUAGGGGAGGCUGUUCUGAUUAUGUAUGAUUUUGGAGAAGCCUUUUGUGCAGAAAUAUGAACAAAACUCAAACUUUUUUGCUUGUAACCUACUAACUCGGCAGGUUUUCACCGCUCACACACUGACCGCCUCCCUCCCCUUUCCAAACACACAACUUUCUCUUGCUUUACAGUUUUUUUCUCCCUCUGACAGCUCAGUGCCAACUCCUCCAGCUUUACAAACACGAUAAGGCCCAAGCUGCAAGAACUCUCCCAGCUCUGAGUAAUGGUUAACCAGAUAAUUCGUCUAGAGGAGGGGGGUGGGAAUAGACAACACAGUUUUUUUUUUUUCCUGUUCUCUGCGCUGUUUGCUUGCGCGCCUUUACAGUUCAAUUCAUUCAUAUCUGCAGCCAGAAUGGAGGAGACGUCGCAGCAGGAGAACUUACAAGAAGUGGAGAAUAAAAUCCAACUCCAGGAGGAAGGCGGGAUCCGGCGGCGGCUGAGAGACCGGGAGCUUCUCAAGAAGAGAAAAGCCGAAGCAGAAGAGAAGGAAACUAACCAGUGGGUUUUUGGGGUGGAGAGCCAGAGGAAAAGGUCAAGAGGCGAGAACAAGAGUGGCACCAAGAGGAGAGGGAGGCCUCGGAAGACCGACCCCGUCCUGCAGUUCCCAGUCAUCUCGGGUCAAAUACUGACCUCUCAGGCUGGCGUCCCGGCUGUGGAGUCACAACAAGCUCCAGAUGUAGAUGCACCUGCUCCUGUGCUGGUCCGAAACCCACUUUUUGAGAAGGUAGAGGUAGAUUCUGCUCCAGUUCCUGCCCAGUAUUCAGCUCCAGAUGUGCAGCUCCCAGUACAAAAUCCCUAUGCCGCUUCAGUCCCAGUACAAGCUCAGUACGCAGCUCCAGAACCAGUACAAGAUCCUUAUGCUGUGUCAGUUCCAGUACAAGCUUCCUAUUCCGCUCCAGUCCCAGUAAAACCUCAAUAUUCUGUCCCAGUCCCAGUAAAAGCUCCCUAUGCCGCUCCGGAACCAAUACAAGUUCCCUAUGCCGCUCCAGUCCCAGUAAAAGCCUCCUACAUGGUACCAGUUCCAGUUCAGCCUGCUGCUGAUGAUCCAAUCGAAGUUCAAGCCUCCGAUGACGUCCCAGUUCAAUUUCCAGAUGCUUUUCCAGUCCGAGCCCCAUCCCAGGAUGUUCCAGCUGCAGUUCCAGCUCCUCCCCCGGUGGAGGCGCUCUACCCAGAGUCUCCAGACAGAGAGUCCCCAGACCAGGUUCUGAUAGAAGACUUGGGCCCGGAUGAUGAAGAGGACGUCUCUCCUUCGGAAAACGACAGAGCAGAUGAAGGUUUAGAUGAAACUCCGCUGAUGAACUCGGCCGACCAAAACAAAAUGUACUCAGUCCCAACGCUGUCCAGCCCUCCUCUGCCUCAGGAAUACCUGCCAGGGAAUCAGAUAUAAACUUUCCCCAUCAGUCCAGAUCUAGAAACCCAGAUCUACUUUUUUAUUUUUUAAGGUCACACUGUGUGUCUGAAGUUUAUUUUGGUUUGUGUGCUUUUUCUUAUUGCAGAGAGACAAUUGUUAUUGCUUAUGUGAAAAAAAAGCUUGAAUGCGAACCAUG